AUGUACUUUAUCAUUCUUUUUCACUACUUAUUUCUUCUGCAGUUUCAUGGCAUAGCUAAAGUUAUCAUUAUUAUUAUUUCAUCUUUUAUCUCUUUUUCUAUUUCUUCUCUCUCUUCUGUCUUUAUUUCUACUUCUUUUUUUCUAUUUCUUCUCUCUCUCUUCUUCUUUUUUCUAUCUCUUCUCUCUCUCUUCUUCUUUUUUCUAUCUCUUCUCUCUCUCUCUUCUUCUUUCUAUCUCUUCUCUCUCUCUCUUCUUCUUUCUAUCUCUUCUCUCUCUCUUCUUCUUCUUUCUAUCUCUUCUCUCUCUCUUCUUCUUUUUUCUAUUUCUUCUCUCUCUCUUCUUCUUUUUUCUAUUUCUUCUCUCUCUCUCUUCUUCUUUCUAUUUCUUCUCUCUCUCUCUUCUUCUUUCUAUUUCUUCUCUCUCUCUCUUCUUCUUUCUAUUUCUUCUCUCUUUUUCUUUUUUUCUAUUUCUUCUCUCUCUUCUUCUAUCUCUUUUAUCUAUUCUCUUUAUUCUUCUAUCUCUUUCUAUUUCUAA